AUAUACCAACAGUAAGAUAUGCUAUACUUGUACCGUUCUUCUCAUAUCACGUGACCACGUGACGCCGGCUGACCUGAUUAAGUGGGUGUGUCAUGUGAUAUGAUACGGCAGGGAUCAGUGAGUAUCGCUGGGAACAUUACAGGUGAAGUUCACUCCGACACAGGGACAUAACACACGUACUGGACAAUACUACACAGCUGUAGGUAGACAGACGGAGCCAUGGGUGUUUUAGUCGGAUGCAGUCGGAUCUUUCUGGUCAUCAUCAACGGUAUUUUUGCGGUGAUCGGGUUGGUGUUCCUGGUGGCGGGAUGUAUCGUGAGGUUCGGGUCAGACAUACUGGACCCCUACCUCCAGGAUCUAUACACAGCCCUCCAGCGGUUCAUGGAACAGGCGGGGGACUCAGUGGAUCUCUCCAACUUCAACCUCGGCGACUACCUUAAAGACGCCACCCUCGCCCUGAUCCUCCUCGGCGUCUUCUUCUUCAUCAUCGGCAUCUUCGGCUGCAUCGGCGGCUGCUGCAAAGUCCGCUGUAUGUUGAUAGUGUACGCAGUCUUGAUCAGCCUCAUCGUCCUAGCAGAGGUUCUGUUUGUCAUACUCCUCUUCACCAUCAGAGACACGGUGGACGACAACAUCAAAGGGCCAAUGAAGACAUCAAUCACAGAUAGCUACGGAGGCUUCAACAGCACCGACCUGGUGUCCCUCGGCUGGAACUUCGCUAUGGUCAAUUUUAAAUGCUGCGGAGUAGACAACUACACGGAUUUCCAGAGUGCAAAGAAGUGGAAUAAUGAAUAUACACCAAAACAAACUAACAACACCUUUACCCUACAAGCCCCCAUCGCCUGCUGCAAACUGAAUGGAACUUUCCCCAACAUACAGCUGCCGUCAGACUUCACGUGUGCCACAGACCCGACAUCAGCACUGUCCAAUAUAGACAAGGGCUGCUACCAGGCUAUCUGGGACAUCAUCAACGACAACAGCAACAUCAUAAUCGGCGUUGGAGUGGGUGUCGUUGUUGUGGAGCUCCUGAUGAUCAUCUUCGCCUGUAUAGUGUGUUGUAAGGAGAAGAAGAAAAACGAUGAUUAUGAUUAUGACUACUAAUACAACUACCACAACGUCAUCGUCAUCAUCAUGAACAGCAGCUUCAUCAUGUUCUGUACUUCAUCAACGUUUCAGCAUUCGUUAACGAUCUGACUAGUGCAUAUGAGUGUCCGUGCGUCCAUUGCAAGUGGACAGACCCAAUCAGGACCGGGCUGAGAAAGUGUUCACUCCAUGGUUGUUCUGUUUUACUUGUGUUUGUCCUUAUGUUGUCGUAAGAGGCGACUAACGAGAUCGGUUGAUCAGACUCGCUGACUGAACUGACACAUAUCAUCUAAUCCUAGACCGUUGCUCCUUCUGUUGAUCACUUGAUUGUCUGACCCGGCCUGGGUUAUGCACAAACCGCCGCCAUAUAGCUGGAACAUUGCUGAUACCGGCGUUAAACAACAACCAAACUAAACCUUCUGUUAUCAAGCGUUCCUGGGGAUUCUGGGUUAGACGUCUUGUCCAGCAGCCCCCUGCUUGUCGUAACAGGCGACCAGGAUGGAGAGGUUUGGCACGGUGACUCGGAUGAUUGCGUAUCUUCACACAAUGACGAUGUGGGUUGUUGCCCACAGUAUCAAUCACCUGAUUGUCUGGUCCAGACUCGAUUAGUAACAGACCGCCGACAGUGUUGCUGGAAUAUCGCAGUGUACGGCGUUGAACUACAAACCAACAAACGCAACUGUUACAAUAUAUACCUGGUUGGAACGCGACCAAAUAUAUCACUUGUUGUCAGAACGUUAUUUAAAGAAGCUGUACAGGAGUCGUGUUGGCGCAUGAUGGCUGCCGCUCUUGAAGCAGAGGGCCGGACUGUCGACCGAGUGUCCCCGCUAUAGUGCGGUUAUGGGUCCUAUACAGAAGUACGUGAUUUGCUCCCAUGUAUGUUGUUAUACUGAAGUAUCCUGUCAAUUGGGUUAAUGUAACCUGUAUAUACUGUAUAUACAAAAUAGUUUGGCUAUUUCGCAAAUGAAAACAAUUAACAAAUUAUCCAUAAGCAUCGAUGUUUUCCCCAUAAUUGAUCGCACGUGCAGGCAAGCCCGGAUGUAACAGUAUUCAAGGUAUUUAAGCAGUUUCCUGUUAUGCCCAAGUUGAGCUCGCAUAAAUAACAUAUGAAACAGACAUAGUUUCUACAUUUCCUGAUCGACCUCAGCAUUUUGCAGGCGGGUUUUUGUGUCGAGUGUUUGAAAUCCUUUUUUUGUACGUCUGCGAUCUUGUCUAUUCUGUUUUUUAUAACUCUAGAGUGUAACGAAUCACAUAACAAUGUACCGUGCCGCUUGUGCACCGAGAUGUAUAUAUAUGAGACGGAUAUCAGUUUGAGAAGCGAGUGUCAUACACUUUUGCAUGUUCUGUCUCGUGAUGCAUGUUGUCGUAUCCUGCUGCUGGAUAUCGAUGCUCAUUAUGUCAACCACUGGUCCAGACUCUGUUGUUUUCAAACGUCCGUCAUAUAUGUUGGCUUUCUUAAUGUGGAGUUAAACAAUAAUCAACGAAACAAACAUGUUUCCCUUGUUUAUAUAUUAUUGUUGUAUCACCGGAAGUGUGGUUCCCUCCUACUCUGUAUCCUCUACUGUCUACAUGUACCGACGUGAGAUCCCCCGGUAUCUGUGAUAUAUGUGUAUAUGCCACGAAUUGAACCAUCCAAUCAACAUCGUCCACCGCAAUAUAAGGAUUGGAAAGACACGGAGGUCUUCAGAACUGUAAUAUUAAAUAUCUGAUUUUAAGGAUACUUUACCAAACCACCAAACAGCAUUACCCGGCACCGUAGUUCUACUUUAUAUGGCGGGAGUUUGUGUUUGUACCACAUCACGACUUUCCAUUAUGCAGAAUUUAUUCACUAUAUUUUUACAUUCUGUUGUUAAUUUUUGUACUGUAAAAUAAGUAAAAUGUUUCCAUAUA